ACAACCAAGAGUUGGUCUUCAAGUUGAGAGAAGUCAACUUAGGCGUUUCAUAUAAAGCUAUAUAUUUUUUUGCCCGUUGAUUAACACGAAAGGGAACCAUGGUUAUGUUGAAGAUUUCUGCUUUCCUUGUUGCUUAUGCCCUGGUCAUUUGCCAGAUGUACAGCUCACAAGCAGCCCCCUCCAGACCGGGCAUAGAGUCCAUGACAGACCGAGUCACCCUUACGGACUACGAGGCAAGGAGGUUACUCAACGCCAUAGUCAAGGAGUUUGUGCAGAUGACAGCCGAAGAGCUGGAGCAGCAAGAUAAUGAAGGCAACGAAGGCAAUAGCGUUACAGCACAGAAGCGAGCCUGCAACACGGCCACCUGCGUGACUCAUCGCCUGGCAGACUUCCUGAGCCGGUCGGGGGGCAUGGGCAACAGUAACUUUGUCCCCACCAAUGUGGGCUCCAAGGCUUUCGGCCGGCGGAGGAGAAACACCCAGAUAUGAACAUUCUGACAACCUUCAUGGAGGUUGAUCCUUCUUAACGCGAUGACAUCAGAACAUAUCAGGAGGAAAACAACAAAACAAACAAAGAGAAAAAACACACUGGCCCCUUCAUCCACCCCCCACAUCUACAGAAAUAAACCCCUUCCGAUAUUAGGACUCCUCCCCUCAAUACCAUAAUGUUAUGAAACUUUAAUUUAGCUUUUGGCAAACCAGAGAAAAAAAGGGGGAGAAUGACAGCAACCUCCAUUAUGUACAUUGACAGCUGAAUCCCCAAAUCCCCAAGAAAAUUUCCAGAUUCCUUUAUUAUUUUUUUUACAUGAAAUUCAUUUAAAAUGAAUUGUAAAAAAGCACCAGUGCUUAUUUAUUAUGAUUUAUUCUGUCUAUAGAGCACAUUUGUACCAUGUGAACCAUUCUCCCCGUCACUCAUCCCUCCCUGUCCCCACCGGCACCUGUUUGUUGUGCUGUGCCCUGCAGGGAUCGACAUUAAAGAUCAGCCUUCCCUAGGCUCCCUCACAACGGCUGUGUCUUGUGCCUUGAUGUAAAACACUUUACAUCACAUGACUGUAUAGUAUGUAUCAAGAUUAUAAGAAGACCAUGAAGAGAAUGACACCGGAAAAAAAAAUAUUAAAGAGAUUAAUAUUGUAACAAUUGUGAAUUUCAGCAAGAUUAAAAUGUAUUUUAGAUACA